ACUGUGUGCACUGUACUCUGCUCCAAUAGCAUCCCAAUGGCAGUGAAUGGAGGGAAUGAAAAAAAAAAAGUGUAGCCAUGCAUGCAGGAGUGGGAGGAUCCACUCGCUUCAAUCUCGAUCUCAGACUUUUGCAGCGACAGGGGCACAAACCAGGCACCGUCUGUUCCUUCCAAAGAGUUAGCCUGAUCCUGCCGGGACAUCUACACACACACACACACAUACACAUAAACACACACACGUCAACACACACUGCUGUUUUUUUUCCGGGUUUUUUUUAUUUAUGUGGAUUUGUUGUCAAGUUCUUUUUCUAACCCGCAACAGAAACUGUUAUUGCGUGAUUUUUCUUUCCACCCCGCGCGCGUCCUCCUCCUUCUCUCCCCGCGUCGGCUCGUGGACGAAGAAGAUAAAGCGUCCUGUGAUCCUAACAGGUGACUGUCCACUGAGUUUUUCCACCUUUUUUUUUUUUUCCUUGUUUGCUUUCUGUCUCUCCACGCUCCUCUCACGCGUCGUGGAUCUGUGUAGCCGGCUUUAGAGCUUCCUAACUCCCUCUCCUCCCGAGCAUCAGUUUUUUUUUCUUCACUUCCAGCUCCCAUCGAGCUGCAGUUUCACACGGAACUCUCAGAAAACGCUUUCAACAGGUUUCCUUUCUCCAAAAAAAAAAAAAAGCCAAAAAAGAAAAAACAAUCUUUGUGUGCCGCAGGAUUUUUUCCCCCCUUGUCGACUCUGACCGUGUUCUUAUGGAUAUUGCAACAGGUCUGGUGUCACUGGAGCGCCUCUCCGUGGGAGAACAGUCCGAGACGUGCAUCAUGCUGGACGGCAUAAAAAUUGAAGAUCAUCCCCUGCGAUCGGGACAGGCCACGCUCGGUGUCAUGCUCGGCACCGACUGUCAUCAUCCAUCCGUGUGUGAAGGAUGCCAGCGUCCCAUCUCCGACCGCUUCUUGAUGAGGGUCAACGAUUCCUCAUGGCACGAGGAGUGUUUGCAGUGUACCGUGUGUCAACAGCCUCUCACCACCAGCUGUUACUUCAGAGAAAGGAAACUUUACUGCAAACACGACUACCAACAGUUGUUUGCGACCAAGUGCAGCGGCUGCAUGGAGAAAAUCGCCCCCACGGAGUUCGUGAUGCGCGCUCUGGAGUGCGUCUACCACCUGAACUGCUUCUGCUGCUGCGUGUGCGACCGGCAGCUGAGGAAGGGCGACGAGUUUGUCCUGAAGGAGGGCCAGCUGCUGUGCAAGAUCGACUACGAGAGGGAGAAGGACUUACUCAGCUCGGUCAGCCCGGAUGACUCAGACUCAGAGAAAAGUGACGAUGAGGAGUUGGACAUCAAGCCGGAGAAAGGCAUAGGAGGCCAGGGGAAGGGGGAUGACGCGAAGGAUCCCAGGAGGCCCAAAAGACCGCGAACCAUCCUGACCACUCAACAGAGACGGGCCUUCAAGGCCUCCUUCGAGGUGUCCUCGAAACCCUGCAGAAAGGUGAGGGAGACGCUGGCCGCCGAGACGGGACUCAGCGUUCGGGUGGUGCAGGUGUGGUUUCAGAACCAGAGAGCUAAGAUGAAGAAGUUGGCAAGAAGACAGCAGCAACAACAAGAACAACAGAAUUCUCAGAGACUUGGCCAAGAGGUGAUGUCCAACCGGAUGGAGGGGAUGAUGAACUCCUUCACACCGCUGGCUCCGCCGCAGCAGCAGCUGGUCGCCAUGGAUCAGAACGGUUACAGCACAGACCCGUUCCAGCAGGGGCUCACCCCCCCACAGAUGCCCGGGGACCACAUGAACCCAUAUGGUAAUGAUUCUGCAUUCCAUGACAUAGACAGUGACACGUCUUUAACCAGCCUCAGUGACUGCUUCAUGGCGUCAUCGGAAGUCAACUCCAUGCAGGCCCGCGUGGGGAACCCGAUCGACCGCCUCUACUCAAUGCAGAACUCUUAUUUUGCGUCAUGAAAGGAGAGCAGAGGGAGAAAGAGGAAGAAGAAGAAGAAGAGAGAAGAGAGAGAAGAGAGACGAACGUCAGCACAGAAUAAACUGCCCAUCUCAAACCUAAAGCGCGAUGGCCGGGAGUUUCUUCCGCUUAACACGCGGACGAGACGGGACGAAACACACCACCUCGCUGUAGCUCCUGGUUAUGUGCUGAAAGCUUACUCAAAGAUAGUAAAAACCACUUUGUCGUAGGACAGUGAAGAUUCCUGGGGAAAAAAUAAAAAGUAUUGUUAGAGAUUAUUCGGUAGGAUUGCUUAUCUGUCACAGGAGAUAUUACUCUUUUCUUUGUUCACUUAAAGAAAACAAGUAGAUAUUGAAGCCACUUAUUACACAAACCAAAUAACACAGUGAGUUUAUACAGUGCAUGAUCAAUUGUAAACUAAAACCUUUUGUAAGCGCCCCCCCUCCCACCUCCCUGGUUAAGAUGUGGUGUUUGGACUGUUUCUUCUUUACACUACAUGGAUUUCCAUGUUCACCGUUAGCAUUUUGAUCACUUUCAAUAGGUUUAGAUAUUGUGUUAAUAGUAAAAAUAGGUGCAGCAUGUCUGCAAGAGUGACUGUACAUUUGUGUAUGUAUGAGAGUUUGUGGUGAGAAAGAGUUGUUUAGAGGAGAACGAGGAGGAGGAAAAAACUGAAAAGUGGAGAACUGGGUGGACAAGUAGGAUCAGUGAAGUGUAAAUACUCCCCAGGCAAAUUGGAUGUGCAUGUUAAAAAUGGAAAGCAUUCUAUUUAUUUAACUAUAACAGGCUCUUGAAGGUGCAUAUUAAAACUGAAAAGCUUUAUUUAAAAAAGAGAGCAUUUGUUUUGUUUUGUUUCGUUGAGCAAUUAGUGAGUCAUGAGUAUCACAACUCAUCUGUACGCCUUUUUAAUAUGAAGAUUAACCCUUUUUUUGUUUGUUUUGUUUUGUUUUUUUCUUCAGCCAAGCUGUAAAUGAGCAAUGUUGCUAUUUAUUUCGUACAGACCAUAAACCUUUUUGUUGUCAUUGUCAUUAUGUGCAUUCUCAAAAUGUUAAAAAGUUGCUAAUUGACCAAAGUUGACUGGUUUGAUGAAUAAACAAUGUCUUUCUCCUGAUAACAUUAAAUAAAUGCCAUUCAGUGAUCAU